UUGAAACCGGAACAAACAAAAGCAGCAGAGGUGCAGAAGGAGCUGAGCCUAUAACGAUGGGCUCCUUUUUUGCCAUGUCAAGCCGGUGGAGGAGUGGCAGCAGCGGGGCGGCCGCGCUGCUGUAUCCGCUGCUCGGUGUGUGUCUCUGGGCAGCGGUGGUCGGAUACAAGCCGGUGAUUAUUGUGCACGGUUUGUUCGACAGCUCAGGGGAUUUUAAAAACUUACAGCGGUUUAUUAAUGAGUCUCAUCCUGGCACAAAUGUGACCGUCAUCGACUUGUUUGACAGAAGUGCCAGCCUGCAGCCCAUGUGGAAGCAAGUGGAGGGAUUCAAGGCAGCUAUUUACCCUAUAAUGCAAAAUGCAGCAGAGGGAGUCCACUUUAUCUGCUACUCUCAAGGAGGGCUGGUUUGCAGAGGAAUCCUCUCCACUCUCCCUGAUCACAAAGUCCACUCCUUCAUCUCUCUGUCCUCGCCGCAGGCCGGGCAAUAUGGAGACACAGACUACCUAAGGUACCUCUUCCCCCAGUUUGUCAAGUCCAACCUCUACCACGUCUGCUAUACCUCAAUAGGUCAGCGGAUAUCCAUCUGCAACUACUGGAACGAUCCUCACCACAGAGACAUCUACGUCAACAGCAGUGAUUAUUUAGCUCUGCUCAACGGUGAGAGGCCCGAUCAAAAUUCAACAGAGUGGAAGAAAAACUUCCUCAAGAUCGAUAAGUUGGUGUUGGUUGGAGGACCAGACGACGGAGUCAUCACUCCCUGGCAGUCGAGUCAGUUUGGAUUUUAUGACGACAACGAGACUGUUGUUGAGAUGCAGCAACAACAGUUGUACUUGAGCGAUGUUUUCGGCCUGAAGACGCUGGCGGCUCGCGGUGACCUGGUCCUCUGCUCUGUUCCUGGUGUGGAACACGUCUUCUGGCACUCGAACGAGACUGUGUUCCACACAUGUAUGGAGAAGUGGCUGGUGUAGAUCGACACAUUUCCUUGUCUUGAUCAAGUUCACGCUUUUUUAGAAGCAAAUUCUUUUUCUUUUUUUUUAGAUUCCUUUGAUUUUCAACUCCACCUUUUGGGAAAUGUGCACGUUUGGUUUAAAUGAGAGGUCAAUAGAAAGAUUUAUUUACCAAUACUUGUGCUCAGCUGAGCUAACCAGCUGUCUGACAGACUUUAGUUACAUACUCGCCCACAGACAUGAUAGUGGUAUCAACCUUCUUAUCAAUUUCUCUGCGAGAAAGAAAACAAGCUCAUUUCCCAAAAGGUCAAUCUUUUAACAGUUUCUUUUAAACCAUCUUGCUGCUGACAGACUUUUUACAAAGCACAAACAUGAAGGAUUUCAUAAACCUUGAAAAGGUUGACCUUUUAUUACCUUGUCACAGUCAGCAAAGGGACAGCAUAGCAGACUUUAAAGUUCUGCAUUUAUAUUAAGUUUUAGAGAAGGAUCGAGAGUAAUGCAAUAAUGUUUGAUGGUCAGACAGCAUCUCUAGUUUUUCUCUUAACAUUUCACAUCAACACAAAUGUGACACAAUGAAUGUCUUCGAGCAGAGAUUGAAUAUAGGACUCAUCAACCAUUUUAAAAAAAACAAAACAAUAUUACAUGUCUGUGUUAAAAACAAAUGUGUGGAGUGGCCCCUUUUAAUUUGUAUAAAAAUAUCAGUUUAUCACUUUGAUAAACCAGGUCUUCAUACGUACAUUAUACCCUUGUGUGUCUGUGUGCGGUUGCUCACACAUACCUCAGAAAACACCACUCAACUCAAUAGUGCCUGAUCAACCUUCUGUCCUUUACAUGUACAGACUCACUGCCCCUGCUCAUCUAAUGAUGCAGUACUUUACAUAUAUAUAUAUAUAGAUGUAUAGAUAGAUAUAUUUGUUCUUCCAUUUUUGUUUUCCUUCUUGAAAAUGCACAUCCAAUCAUGGCUAUUGUGUUUUCUUGUCAUUACCAUGCAGUACUUUAGAGCUGUACUAUAUCGCUGUCGUCGACCGAGCCUUAAUAUUUGCCCUCAUGCCUCAUGAUUUCAUUUCCAUUACCAAAGUGCUACGACUUACUGCCUUCAGUCGGGGUGCUAAUAAUGGUGAGGAUGGAGGUGUGGAGUAACUGGAGAGAGGCAGUGGUCUGUCUUAUAGUGUUUACUGUACAUGUGGCUCUCUUUACCUCCCAUUACAUUUAGAUAUCUCAGGCUUUCCAGUAAUCGUGUUGGUUUGUCUCGUUCAAAGAAAAAAAAAAAAAAGGGAUUAAUUUCUUUGUACUGUUUCCACAAAAUGAUGUUGGUUGUUUUUCCUUUGUACAGGUACAGAUGUUUCUCAAAGAAGAGGGAAAAUAAAUUAAAUAUCUAGUGAGUAGUCAACAAGUGUUUCACACACCAGAUGUCAAAAAGGGAAAUGCUAAAGAGGGGAUAAUUUGACCUAUUUAUAGUUAUUAGAUUUAAAGUAUUGUUUUAAUUUGUUUACUACAGUAUAUGUUUGUUUAAAUGAAUUGGCCCACAGUGACUGGAUACUUCAUGGAUUUUAAGGGAUGUCCUCUCAGUUCAGUCUUCUUGCAGACAUUAAAUGUGGACAUGAAUACUUUUUUAGAACUUGGAAAAGAAAUGAAUAUUUUGACAUGGUCCCACAGUUUUUACAGUAUUUGGUCUGCAAAUGAAAUGGUCUCAAAUCCUCAAUAAAGGUGUUUUGAACAUC